CACUCACAGCCCCAGGGCUGGGCUGGUGCUGCAGAAUUCACCUCUCCAGCCCGGGGUGAAACUAGUCAAGGGUGAAGAGCUGUAAAAUGGGCUUCCCACAGAUGUCAGUCAAACUACCCCAAGCAGAUUGAAGGCAGUCAAACAGUAGUAGUUCCUGGAGAUGAGCAGAAACCAGCCAUGACAGCAAAGGAAAGCAGGCAGCAGGCGGGUGCAGCAGCUCAAGACCUCAACCCACUGCAUACAAAAAGCAAAGCUGAAACAAGAUCCAGGCUCCAGCAAAAUGGAUCGUUUCCAAGUAUUUGAAAAAGCUUCAAGCAGCUGUGGGGAGGAAGAAAACUCUCACAGCCCCUGACAAGGCAAAGCAAGACAGACCCAAAAACAAGGUCUCCUCUGAAACAGAGAAGGCUUUGAGUCUCUGACGCUGGCCGGAGGGCACGGCUGGUGCUGGCUGGGCACACUCAGCAGGCAGGCGCCUGCUGCUUAACCAUGUUUGAGGAAAAUCCUCCUUCAAGAUAUUUGACAAGACUUGUCCACCCAGGAGACCCACAAGAAACCAACACAGCUGUAAGUCGUAUUUCGGGGGACCAGAAAAAGACAGGACAUAUCCCAGGGGACAACAGCAACACCUCCGCUCCCUCCGGUGACUCGGCAGCAAACCCAACCUCCCUGCAGCAUCACCUGGCACACCUGAGGAGGCUGAUGUCCAGGCAGAAGGCUGAGUAUGAAUCUGAAAUUGCAAGCCUGGAGCAGCGGAACAGAGAGUUGCAGCUGGAGAUUAAGGACAUGCAUUCAAAACUGGGACAGCAGCGUGAGUGGUCCAGUCUUGCAGAGAUGAAAAUACAGAACGCAGAGAGAGCAAAGGAAGAUGCAGAGAGAAGAAAUGAAAUGCUUCAAAAAGAGAUGGAAGAGUUUUUUGAAACCUUUGGAGAAAUUAACAGGUGGAAAUAAAUAGAACUGUGUUUGGUUUGAAAUAGAGCUUAAACAUAAACUGAAAUUGAGCUAAACCUAGAAGUAGGGCCACACCCUGACUGCAGCAUAUCCUAUUCCAGAGGUGAAAUAAGAAUCCCAACAGUACAAACUGGGCUGGCUAUUAUAAAAGUGAGCAGUUGAUACAAACUCCUUGGAAUUCAUGAACCCUGGGAGCUCUGCACCACCCUGCUAAUGCCAGGGAUGCUUUCUCUCACCGCUGACAAGAUCUUUCCAGAGCUUUGCACCACCGCCAAUGCAGCGUGCUGGGAAAGCAUUCCAGUGUUUUUUGGCCAGCCUUGAGUCUUCUGCUGGUGCAAUAAAUGCCUAAGUGGCUGAGUGGCUUUAAUUAUGGGCUGUCA